AUGGGCGGCUACUUUAGCUCAAAUGCGGACAACCGCACCAAUGGGAAUAACGCAACCGGCAAUCAUGGCAUGUACUUUGGCAACCAGUUUACAAUGGGCGGCGAAAGCUUUCAGAGCAUGAGUCCAGAGGCGUUUCUCUUUGGGGACAUUUCCGAGCUCUCUUGGCUCUCUCGUGUGCCUGGCUCGGUACCUCGCGUGCCAAACACCGUGCGCCACACCAACACCGUGCGGUGUCUGGUGAACGUGCACAAGAACUCGCUUCGCCUCAUUCGGCACGCACGCAACGAUUCGCCCGUCGAUGCAUAUCACCUCAGCUUUACCUUUGACGCCGACUGCGCGUGCACCGUGGUCAUUCACACGUUUGUGGAGGAGGCCUUUGAUAAACACGGCAACCUCAAAGCGUCAUUUCUUGGGGGGCUUGUCCGGAUCGCUGAGCUAGCGUUUCUGAUGGAUGUUCUUGUCUUGGGUUCGAUGCAGGUGGAUGGGCGAUCUUUUUUGCUGCGCGAAAUCUAUGGUCUAGAGCGCAAGGUACAGGAGGAGGGUGAAGACAACAAUGGAGACAAUGACGAUGACGACGAUGACGAAAGCAUUGAUUGCGUGGUGGGUACUCGCUUCAUAAAGCGCUAG